CACAUCUCGUCGAUUGGAUCGAGAGAAGGGUGCAGGAGACAUCAUCCCGACUGGAUGUAGCGUCCUUUUCCCAGUUUUGAGAGGAAGAAUCAGUGGGCAAUUUUGGGUAAAAUGCCGUCGCUUUUAUUCUGUGGGCCUAAAUUGGCCGCCUGUGGGAUCGUGUUAAGCAUCUGGGGUGUCAUUAUGCUGUCAAUGUUGGGAAUUUUCUUCAGUGCAAAAUCUGCUGUGCUGAUCGAAGAUGUUCCUUUUACUGAGGAAGACAUCCGUGAUGACAAGAAUCCACCGGGGAACAUUUACGGACUCUACAACCAGGUUGGCAUCAACUGCUUCAUUGCUGCCGCCAUCUACGUCGGUGUUGGCGCGGUCUCUCUGUGUCAGGUUCGCCUUAACAAGCGCCAGGAGUACAUGGUCACAUAAACCCAAACUAUUUUGAAUUCAACAGCAAUUAUUCCUAAUUAUUUAUUUUUAUUAUUUUCUUCUCAAUGAUUUCGGGAGGACAGUCUGUUCUGUUACGUUUUCUGAAAGGGAUAUAUUUGGCAGUUCAUCUUCAGGUCAAAAUCUAAACACUAGACAUGUUGAUAGUGUAAUGCAUAUAAAGUGAAAUGAUAAUGUAAAACAGCAUAUAUGCAUAGAUACAUGUGGUGAGCAUAUAUAUAUAUAUAUAUAUAUAUAUAUAUAUAUAUAUAUAUAUAUAUAUAUAUAUAUAUAUAUAUAUAUAUAUAUAUGCAAGUAAUGUGUUAUAUUUUCCAGAAAUAUUUAGAUCUUUGGCUCCACAUUCCCUAUCAUAUAAAUAAACAAAAAUCUUAAUAGUUUGCUUCUGAUGAAUAACCUAAAAGACACUGAGUCCUUAUGAUAGUUGAGUUGAUGGUGUUUGUUUGACAUUUUUUGGUAUUUACAGAUGUGUGUGGUAAUAUAAAUGUUUUAUUAUUUUAUUGAAGUACACCCUGCAACCCUCGUGCUGUAUACUUGAUAUCACAUUUGUGAUGAAUAUGUGAAUGGAGAGUCUUAUGUACCCUUCAAUAAAAUGCUAGUGAAAAAAUGUUUUUAUUUUGCCAUAACUAUUUAAAAAGUGAUAACAGAACAUAAGAAAACAUGUGACAUUUCUUAAUAAGACAAACGUUUUAGUGAUAUUACGAUGGGAAAAAUAUGUAAUUAAACAAAACGUCUGUGGAUUAUGAAAAAUAAAAAUUGUUGUUGACUUGUA